CGAAACAAUAAAAACAACAACUCGCAGCCAGUGUCGGAGGAAGUCGUGCUCACUGUUCGGGUCGACGCGAACGUGUGCCACACCGGGGACGAAAGGAAGAUUCCCUUCACGUUUUUCAGAAAUUUGCCGAGAUUUUUCUCCCCCGACAAGGACUUGCUGUUGCAAUUAGAUCAGUUUUGCCGGGAGAAUGGCAUCGCCAACGACCACCACGCGGAGAACCUCAUCCUGCUCAAGACUCGGAAAGACGAGAGCAAGUGGCUUCUACGCGCGGAGGAUUUGCAUUCCAUCGAGGAGGAGGAAGAAGUGCGUUUGGUUUCCGGGAC